AAAUAGCGACAAGUAGAAGUCAACGACAAGGAGAAUCCGCGUGAGUUUUCCCUAAAAAUCGCUGAUAUUCAAUUGCAGGCAGCUCUGAGACAGAUAAUUUAGAGGGUUCAGACUUGAAAACCAAAAGAAGAAGCUGGAGGAUCAGAUCGACGACGCUAUGGUUCAAAGCCGUGCGCUAAGUCCAGCUCAAAGAAGUGCAAAGAACGAGCGUGAUCGACAACGCAGGCGAGGGCUUAAACUGGAGUUCGAGAGACUGCAGAACGUGGCUGCUAAGUACCAGGAAAUGGCGCCUCUCUUGGACGAAUUGCGGGUCGAGGUCACGACGGUAAGAAACGUUAUUAGCCAAUUAGCCGAGGAGAGCAGAAGGCUGAACGAUGUGGAGCCACAUCUGACUAGAAAGAUACAUCAACUAGACAACAUUGUUCGUCAAAAUCAAACAGAGCAAAUAGAGAGAAGACAACUCCUUUCUCAAUGGCAGUUCAAGACGCAGGCAAUGGUUCUGCCUACAAUUGGAAAAGAGGCAAGUAACGAGCCCAUUGAUCUUGGCGUAGAGAGUUCUCGUUCUGAUAUAUGGUAUACUGACGAGUUUCUUCAAGAUUUUAUUGAGAAACUUGAUGACAAGGAGAAAAGCAGAGUGGACUUUCUAGACUUCAAAGGAUUACCAGAGGAACUGGAAAAAUGUGGGAGAUUCAGUUUACCACCUUCUCUUGUUCCCAUUCAUGAGAUCCUAGAUAAGGCCUAUGGAGAUAUUACUGCAAAAAGCAAUCAGAGCAACCCUGUAAUUAGAGAUUCCUAUAUACUGUUUUGCUCUGUGAUCAAAGAGAUGAAUGAAGUGCAACUUGAACAGGUCGACCUGGAUAAAAUGAUAUUAUGGAGAGAUGCAAUUAAUAGUGGUUUGAGCAUUGGUUUCAGGGGGAACUUUGCUAUAGAACACUUGAAGAAAAUUGCUCGCGCAUACUUUGGUUCCAAAGCAUGGAAUGACCAGGAGUUAAAGUGCUUGGAAGAGAGGAUGUCGGAAUUGAAGGCCGAACUGUAUGGCUUGGAGCAGCAGCAUUAUAGCAUCAUAGAAAGACAGAGUUCUGAGAUGUGCCGAGAAUGUCUUCAGGACCAACAAUAUUUUCAGGGCAAGCCUCUUAGCACUGGUCUGUUCCUUUCGUAGUCUCUCUUAUGGGAUUGGAUCUCUCUUGCAGAAUGGGGAGGGCAGCCUAUCUUAUGAAUUCAUUGUUCUGGCCGAGAGUCUAUGCUAUGUUCAGUAUUUACUUUCAAUAAUAAAUAAAACAUAAUGCAUUGGAUCAAA